UGUUCAAGUGGUUUCUUAGAGACUGACCUUUAUGCGCUUUAGCACUCACACACACACUGUAUGAUGCUGCCCUGUGUGAAGGAGACAGAGAAGAUGGACGACUUCGACACCAUGUUCAGUGACCUGCUUGGAGAGAUGGAUAAUCUCACUCAGAGUUUAAUGGCUGCAACGGACACACUUGAAGUGGACCCUGGCUCACAGGGAAACGGCACCUUUUCCAUCGGCUUCACAGACCUAAACGAGUCUCUUAAUGAACUGGAGGACCAGGACCUGGAUGCUCUGGUGGCUGACCUCGAAUCCACCUCAGAAGGUCACGACCCCGCCGAUCAACGGACCGGCAGCUUGGCAGCGGCCUCAGCCGCGGCUCGGGAACCUGAGGCAGCAGCGACCCUUCCUCCACCAUCAAACUCUGUUGAAUCCUCUGAAGGACUGCAGAUGGGCGAACCCCAGACAAAGGCAGAUAGAAUUCAACAGGCCCUGAAGAAGCUGAAGGAAGCCCAAGUCAGAAAGUUGAUAGUCAAGCUGCUCAUGAGUGACGGCAGCUCCAAAACGCUGAUGGUGGACGAGAGGCAGACUGUGCGAGAGGUUUUGGACCAGCUGUUUGAGAAGACACACUGUGACUGCAGCAUCGACUGGAGCCUGUGCGAGACCAACUCGGAGCUGCAGAUUGAGAGAGGAUUUGAGGACCAUGAGCACUUAGUGGAGCUCCUGUCUGCAUGGACUCGCCUCAGUGAAAACAAAAUCUAUUUUCUGUCAAGACCUGAGAAGUACUUGAUGUUCACUGAGCCUCAACUCUUUUACAUGUGGAAAAAGAAGGUUGCAUGUUUGAGUGGGAUCAAUGAGCAAGCCAAAGAGCUCUUAAUCAAGGAACAUUUUGGAGGUUCCACUGUGAUUGUUCCUGAUCUGGAAGGCAAGCUGUACCUGAAGGAGGAUGGGAAGAAGCUUUGGAAACCUCUUUACUUCGUGCUCAGGGCUUCGGGCCUUUACUAUGUACCCAAGGGAAAGACAAAGGCCAUCAGCAAUCUCGUCUGCUUUGUUCGUUUUGAAAAGGUCAACAUCUACACCACCAAAAACUACAGACAUAAAUACAAAGCUCCCACCAACUUCUGCUUCGUGCUCAAGCACCCCUGCAUCCAGAGAGAGUCGCUCUACGUCCCGUUCCUGUGCUGUGACGACAAACACACACUGUUGCUUUGGGUGAACUCCAUCAGAAUAGCCAAGUACGGGACCGUCCUGUUUGAGAACUACCAGGCUGCAAUGAAGAGAGCCUCCGGUUUGAAGCCUCUCCACUUUGCUGCAGACAGAUACAACAGCCCGCAGCCUAAUCCAGCUCCACCCAAAUCCACAAAUGUGGAGGACUAUCCACAUGAGCCUCCGCCUGACUUCGUCCCCCCUCCUCCUCCUUCUCUUCAAAACACACAAGAUUGAGACACAUCCUCUCCUCCUUCAGUCUGGAUUUAGAACAAAUGCACAUUUUAUAAUAUUUUAAUAAUGCACUUAGGUGUAGUAGUAGUACUAGCGUUUCAGGAAUAUUAUGCAAUAGAUCACAUUUUAAAAUCCUUUAUUUAUUCCUAGAUGUAUACUGAUAUUUAAAUAAAACGUAUACUUUCAUCCAGCUUUACGACAAAAAAAUGAACGCACUUCUGUUUAUUGUUUUAACGGGCUGUUUAUUAAAAAAAGACUGUACAUAAAUUUCAAUGAACACAUAAUAUGUACAAACAGAGAAGAAGACAAAUAUUAGUUUCUGUUCCCAUGAACAUUUAACUUACUUACUGAUUU